CAUCUGAAUAAUCGACCGGAAGCAACACUCAACUUUAACCUUAACCUCGAUUUCCCGAGAAUUGGAGGAGAAAGGGUUGUUUUUUGAGAUUCACUUAAAUCUUCAUUUGUAUAUCCUACUUCAAUCUCCCUGACAAAAUUUCGGUCGCCCAUCAUGCCGCAAGCAAAGUCCAAACAGUCCGUCGGACUCGGCAAUACGCUGAUGAAUGAUCGUUUUGGAAAAGGAAAAGGUUCCGAUCGCAAAAAAGGAUCAGCAGUUACGAGAAUCAACCACGCAACAGGUGAAGAGUACAUUACGAACGAUCGAAAAGAAGCAGCAUGGGUUAAGAUGCGCUCCGUCACGGAGCAAGGCGCUCUAGACGAGUUCCUUGCGACCGCUGAACUUGCCGGUACAGAUUUCACUGCGGAGAAGAUGAACAAUGUCAAAAUCAUUCACACCGACCAACGAAAUCCAUAUCUUUUAUCAGCGACAGAAGAGCGACAUGUAGUGGGGAAGCAUGCCAAACACAGAGCCAGGUUAACCGUACCGAGGCGACCGAAGUGGGAUUCAUCCACUACUGCCGACGAGUUAGAUCAACUCGAAAGAGAGAGUUUCUUAAAUUGGCGAAGGGGUCUAGCAGAACUACAGGAGAACAACGACCUUCUUAUGACCCCGUUCGAGCGCAAUUUGGAAGUAUGGAGGCAAUUAUGGCGUGUUAUUGAGAGAUCAGAUUUAGUUGUCCAGAUUGUUGAUGCGCGCAAUCCUUUGAUGUUCCGAUCGGAAGAUCUCGAGUCCUAUGUCAAAGAUGUAGACCCGGCGAAAAAGAACUUAUUGCUAGUCAACAAGGCAGAUAUGAUGACAACAAAUCAGAGAAAAGCAUGGGCGAAAUACUUCAAAGAGAAGAGAGUAGCUUACCGCUUUUUCUCAGCAAGUCUAGCGAAGCAGUUGAACGACGAGCGUGACUUCGAGGACGAGCCGGAAGAACCUCUAAAUGGCGAACGGGCAAACCCUAAAACGAUCCAGAAACCCACAUCAGAUAGUGGAUCGGAAGAAGAAAGCGAGGAGGAUGAAGAUGAGGAUGAGGAUUCUGGCGUCGCCCUAAAUUCAGACGUUGACGAUGAUACGAGAAUAUUGACAGUCGAGGAAUUAGAAGACAUAUUCCUCCAACAUGCUCGUGAUCCUGAUGAACCCGACAAAAAACUACAGAUAGGUUUGGUUGGUUAUCCCAACGUCGGAAAGUCAUCGACUAUCAACGCUCUUAUCGGCGCCAAGAAAGUGUCUGUUUCCGCAACGCCCGGAAAGACGAAACAUUUCCAAACUAUUCAUUUGAGCGAAAAGGUCAUCUUGUGCGAUUGUCCUGGUCUCGUAUUUCCUAAUUUCGCAACGACAAAGGCUGACCUCGUCUGCAAUGGUGUCUUGCCAAUUGACCAACUCCGGGAAUAUACCGGUCCUGCCGCUCUUGUUGCACACCGAAUUCCUCAACCAUUCUUAGAAGCUAUUUAUGGUAUCCACAUUAAGACACGUCCACUCGAAGAAGGUGGAACAGGAAUUCCGACAGCGAGUGAGCUUCUAGCGGCGUACGCCAAGGCCCGAGGUUUCACCACUCAAGGUGUGGGGUUGCCCGAUGAAUCUAGGGCCGCAAGAACCAUUCUCAAGGACUAUGUAAACGGAAAACUCCUUUACGUUGAACCUCCACCGGGUUGGGAUGAUGGCGCCGAUUUUAAUCGUGAUCUGUACGAUCCAGCACAUUUGCCAGAAAAGCGCAAGGCGGCCUUACUUGCAGCCAUGGAUGCGUUAGAUGUAGGUGAUGGUGAGUCGACCAUCGAUACGGAGUUACCAACAGGUGCCAAGUCAGGGGAACUUGACAAGGCUUUCUUUGCGCGUGCCGUGGGUAACGCGGGACACCUGAAAAUGCCAUUCAAUCAUAAAUACACAGAGCAAGGAAAAUCGCAAGCUCAAGCUAAGCAUCUUAGUGGGCGCAAGGCUAGAGCAAUGAUCGCGCUGGAAACGGGUAUGGAUCCUAAAGACGUGCAGAUCGGAUCGAGUAAGAAGCACUUUAAGGGUGGUUCAAAAAGCAGAGGGAAGAGGGUAGAUAACAAAAUGCUGGAUUAAAGCAGUGACAGCAUUAUUUUGUGGACGGGGAAAAUAAAAAUCGUGCCAGGCACGAGGGUUUCCCCCAAUGCCAAUGUCAGUGCUAAUAAAUCCGAUCGCCAUUAGAUCUUCACAAUCAAAUUCCGUGCAUUAUUCAUGUAGUUGACAAUGAGCCCAUGACCCCCAGAUCCUUACUUCCCCGUGUUUUCAUCCCCAGAUUCUCGAGUCAAAUUUGACUCGUUAGAAUGGCUAAAUAUGAGUUGUGAUGUCGUCGGUCUACUGACAGCUCAGCUCAAUCGACCCCUCAUCGGGGUAACAAAUUGAUCAACGCAAAACUAACCAAUCGCCGACAAUGGCGAGGUAGACUAUUAACUAUUUUGGUAACGCGACCUGAAGUUCUCCAAUGCAUCAAAAUGCCAUUAUACUCUAGCAUAUUAAUUAUUACCAUGGUUACUUUAAGGAACAGCCUUGCGGCUAAAUCUAGUUGAAUUAUUGGAAAGGUGCCAAGAAAUGAGGCUAUUUGGAGAGCGCCGGGAUGAAGGUAUCCCGAUAUUGAAAAUAUGAUAUAACACCA